UUUAGGAGCAACAGCAAAAACAUGGCGGCUGUUCUCUUUCGAAAAAGCAGACGGUUAGCGUCAAAAUUAAGAUUUGAAAAUGUUUCAAAGGUGCUGGGUACUACUGGAGUUAAUCACCAAGACAGACGCCACUUGUCGCUUCAUGAAUACCUCAGUUUUGGACUUCUGAAAGAGGCUAAAGUGCCGAUUCCCAGGUUCAAGGUCUGUGACCAUACAGAGGAAGUGGAAAAAGCUGCCAUGGAUUUGUUGGAUCAUACUGGAUCUCCUGACGUGGUCAUUAAGGCACAAGUUCUCAGUGGAGGGCGGGGUAGAGGGCAUUUCACCAGCGGUCUCAAAGGAGGAGUUAAAAUAUGUUUCUCAGCAGAGGAGGCGUCAGAUAUUGCAUCCAAGAUGCUUGGUUCUAAACUGAUCACUAAGCAAGCUCCCAUGGGUAGGAUCUGCAAUCAAGUCAUGCUGUCAGAAAGACUGUACUCUAGGAGAGAGUUCUACUUUGCUAUAGCUAUGGAAAGGUCAUUUAUGGGACCAGUUAUGGUCGGCAGUUCACAAGGAGGGAUGAGUAUCGAGGACGUGGCACAGGAAAACCCUACGGCCAUCCUUAAAGAACCAGUGGACAUUUUUGCGGGACUGACCAGACAGCAAGCCGUUAGCAUGGCUGGUGAAUUGGGCUUCAGUCCUGCAUGUAUAGAUCAGGCAGCAGAUAUAUUUUUGUCACUUUACCAUGAUAUUUUCAUCAAGUAUGAUGCAACUCUGAUAGAAAUUAAUCCAAUGUCAGAAUCUAAUGAUGGCACAGUUUACUGUAUGGACUGUAAAAUCAACAUAGAUGACAACUCUAACUUUAGACAAAAACAGAUUUUCCAGCUGCGUGAUUGGUCACAAGAAGAUCCCAGGGAGCAGAGAGCAGCCCAGGCAGACCUGAAUUAUAUCGGUUUGGAUGGGAACAUUGGCUGUCUGGUGAACGGGGCGGGACUAGCCAUGGCCACAAUGGACAUUAUCAAAUUACAUGGGGGAAGUCCAGCCAACUUCCUGGAUGUUGGGGGUGGGGCCACAGCCAAACAAGUUAUGGAGGCAUUCAGACUUAUCACAUCCGAUCCUAAUGUACAAGCAAUUUUGGUGAAUAUCUUUGGCGGCAUUAUGCGCUGUGAUAUUAUAGCUCAGGGCAUCAUUGCUGCUGCUGAGGAACUUCAUCUAAAAAUACCAAUCAUGGUGCGACUUCAAGGAACAAAAGUAGAAGAUGCCAAAGCACUAAUGGCAGCCAGUGAUUUAAAGAUUAUGGCUGAUGAUAACUUAGAUGCAGCUGCUGCUACUGUUGUUCGGCUAGCUAGGAUUGUUGGCCUUGCAAAAGAAGCAAACAUUGGAGUGAACUUUGAAUUGCCCCUCUAGAAUAACCUUCUUUCAGCUUUUUAAGUUGCUUUUAUGUAUGAAAAAAAUAAGAACUCCUGAUCCAAGAUUGAUGUCCUACAUGACACAUACCUACAGAUUGGUAGGUGAUACAUGUAUAACUGAAUUUUGCUUGGAAACUGAUAAUUUCUCAGUCAUAAUAAGUUUUGGUUGAAAUUUAUAAUAAAACAGAAUCUCUGCUUUUUUGAAAGCAAUAGUUGAAAAUGUAAACAAUAAUUUGCCAUACAAAUGAACAAUAAUUAUGAAUCACUUUCAUUCAUUUUCUUCAGAUUUUUUUAUGAAGUUUUAUUUAUAAGGAGACAUGCAAAUCAGGCUUAUAUUGCAGUCUUUGAAUAAGAAUACACCAUUUAUUGCAUGCUGCAGUCAUUCUUCUGAAGUUAUAAAUGUGAUAUCCAAAGAACACUUUAGGACAUGUUUUUGUUAUUUAUUAAUGUAUGCAAUGACAUCUUGAAAUUUGUUGCAUAUUUGAUAUGAUAGGUUUACAUAAUAAUAAAUUUACAAAAAUGUU